ACCACUUUUACUUAAUUUCAGAGCYUGAAAUAUGCCCCCUAACGCUUUACAUACGCAARAUCUCAUAAAAUGCCCAAAAAGUGUCGACCCCACURURAUAAAUCCUGAGGGUUUCAAAGAUUUUAUUCCACCCAACGUCAGAGUAGCAGAGGUACGGGGUUCAACCCUUAAACAACAAAAAAAACCUUGUAUAUGGGAAAUCACCGUCACACUUGAAGGAGAUGAAGCAGUUUAUUYUGAUAAUGUAAAAAGGUAUGAUCUUCGAUCAGACGUUGAUAAGUACAAACCAAGGAAUACAAAUUUGUUACCAGAAAAAAAAGGCAUUCGUAAUGGAGAAACAUACUGGAUUUUUGAAUAUGAAGUCAUUUGCAAGUGCGGGUUAUCYCGGGUUUUUUAGACCCGUUGACGUGACUCGGUUUGAUCUGAGUUGAUUUAUUGAAGGUUUAAAAUUCAAAAUAUCGUGGACCGGUUUACAGAAAAAGUGAUCACGAUUAAGUUCCCACUUGAUUUACAUUAAAAAUGUCAAGUUAUCGCAAUCAAAUUUUCUGUAAACUGGCUCCAUGUCUAAAUGUCUUAAUUACAAUUUGAUUAAAAUGUUUGAUUUGUAGAAUUAGUUACUCUAGUAUUUUAAUUCAAUUAUAUUGAGAUUUGUCAUUUAAUUUAUAGCUGUAUUUAAAUAUUGUAUUUUUUAAUUAAAAUUUCAUUCAAUGUAUUCAAACCGUUUUCAUUUUUGUGCUGAAUGGCCCAAUAGAAAAACUGGGUCAAAUCUUUGAAAAAUGUUAAUUUCAAAAUAAAACCUUAAACACGGGUGUUUUCACGAUA